AUGAUUUUCAUAUUCCGUGAGGAUGCUGGUGCGAAUGCGAGGCAGAAAAUCCUGCAGGCCGCUCAUGCUUGUGCAACCGGCUGCAUCACGUGGCAAACGUACAGACAAGAAGACACAAAACAGCGAGCCAUGCGCUUAUUACUCCUCCGCUGCCUCCUGCUCCUGAUCUUAUCACACGCUCCCAGCCUCCCUCUGUUCUUCCCCUGCCCCUCAGGUUGCUGUUGCCCCCGGCCUGGCGUCCUGGUCCUCUGCGAGUCCCUGGGCCUCCGUGUCAUCCCUCGUUCCGUCCCUCUAACCACCUCGGCUUUGUCGGUGGCACGGAACCACCUGUGCAACGUGGACAACCAUCUGCGGCGCUUCUCCAGCCUGCAGGAGUUGAGCCUCGGGUACAACCGACUGGAGCGCUUCCCUCGGGGCCUCCCGUCCAGCCUGGAGGGCCUGCAGCUCCAGGAGAACCGCAUAGCCUACAUCACGGCCGGGGAUCUGAGGAACCUCGGGAACCUGACACGAUUAGACCUCGAGGAGAACCGCAUACGGGCCAUCCAGCCCGGCGCCCUGCGUGGCCUGGUACGCCUGAAGAUUCUGUCUCUGAGAGGGAAUCGACUGUCGAGUCUGCCGUCGCAUCUUCCGUCUUCGUUGACGCAAUUGGACAUGUCUGGGAACUGCAUCUCCACGCUGGAUCCGCCCUCGCUGGCCGCGCUGGUCGACCUCCAGGUCUUGAAGAUCAACAGCAACUGCUUGCGCUCGGUGCCCGAACACGCCUUUGACGACUUGCUCCGCCUACAGUCUGUAGAUCUGGCCGACAACCUCUGGGUCUGCGAGUGCAACAUGAUGUACCUGUAUCUGUGGCUGCUGACGCACAGGUCACAGACGGCGACAGAUCUGAUUUGCGCCGCACCGCUAGACCUGGCGCACAAGCUCCUCCUGACCCUGUCCGUCAUGGCUAUCUGUCCCCAAGUCCUCAAACCUGGCGACAGAUCAACCACGGAUUAUAUAGAGACGCAAGGGAACUCGUCGAAUCCUUCAUCUGACGUAUCCAAAAUAGCGAGACGUCCCUGCAGAACUUCCUUCCUCGCAUCAAGGUCUCGUUUAGGGUCGAGUCGAUCCUCUUUAGAGGGGUUGAGCUAUGAGCAGUGUCUGUUACUGAACUCAACUUACCUCGUCCCUCAGUCGACCCAGGUACCCUACAACGAGGAUAAUGGAUGCGUAGGCAACACAACCGAAAUCCUGAGCACUCUUUCGACCACUCCGGCGACUUUAUACCCCUUCAGUGGGGCAGGGCUCCAGUUUGGAGCCCCUCCUCAAACCCUGACCCAGUCUAGUGACCUGGCACUCGUGGUCUUACUCUCUGUGCUGUGUGUGCUGAUGCUACUGCUGCUCUUAAUGACACUUCUGGUUCUGAGGAUCCUUCUGUGGAGGAACCAGAGAGUCGCUCCACUCCAGACGAGCAGUCAGAGGAACACCGGUGCUUAA